AUGGCAGACGCGGACUUGUUCGGGGACUUGCCACUCGACUGUGUCUUUCUCGAGGGCAGGGAGACAGAAGCAGUAGCAGCAGCAGCAGCUGGUCAUGCUCAUGCACUGGGUGCCAAUGGCUCGAGCCAUAGCGCAAUGGCAGCAGCUGCAGCUUCCAUGGACGUGUUCGUCCCCGACGACCAGAUGUUACUCGACAGUGACGUGCCCGGCUCAUCGCCCACGAACAUGAUGACGCCCAAGACGGAGAACGAGGACUUUUUGACGCCACUUUCCUUCUCCUUCAUCCCGAACGGAGUGGCGGCCGUAGGGGGUCCCACCUACCGCGUAGCUCCCCAGCACAAACACAAGCGCGUGCGCUCGAAUCCAGACGUGCUGCAGGGGUUCGGUAUGGCUACAACGGCGCAUCUGGAUAUGACGUCUCCCGCAUCAAUGAGGCAUGAAGGGCUGGGCUUUCUGCAGCCACAACGCAACGAGGGGCCACUUGGACUUGUGCCGAUGAGACCCUCGGUGCCUCCCGUUGAUUUUGCAAGACGCUCAGCAGCAGCAACAGCAGCAGCUCACGGAGAGUCGUUUGAAGGAAUGGACGCGUUUCUACAGGAAAUGGCCUGGUCGGAGCUCAAUUCCAGCCACCACCAGCAGCAGCUGCAUCCUCAACACGUGCCAAGUGGAAGUGCUGCCGCGAUAGAAAAUUACACUAUUUUGAACGGCGAGGUGUCCCCUGUGGUUUAUCGCACGCAACGUAUACAAGAAGGUGUGAAUGAGCUCAAGAUGAAGCGCAAGCGUCCAGCCAGUUAUCACUUGAGACACCAUUCGAAUCCUGUCGACUUGCUGCACAAUUUGGACCAGUUUCGUAUACUGGCGGACCAAAGCAAGGAUAAACGAGUACAGCAACAGGUGCAGCAGCAGCAACAACAUCAGCAGCAACAACACCAGCAGCAACAACACCAGCAGCAGUCGAAUCAAGGGUAUUUAAAUUCGCCUGCUGACUUGCAGGACCCUUCGAUGUUUCUGGAGCCAUUGCAGCAAAAUCUGCAGCAUUUUCAGUUCCAAGUGCCCUCUCCGAUUGCCAGCGGCGCCGUGCACUCGCUGCACGGCCGUCGGUCGUCGCUCGGCAGUACGUUGCCUCCACGUGCAGCUGCUCGUAGACGUGGUGGUGCAAAUCGUCCAUCAGGACUCUCGAUGGAUAUGUCCCAAAUGAAUUUGGAGUUUCUUUCAGUGCCAGAGGAACCAAGCAAUCCUGAUCUCGACCCAUGUGGGCUAUCGACUGCUGUCUCUUCAUUUGACAGCAAGAAGGUAGUCGUUGACGACGCGAAUCGGAAGAUGUACAAGUGUGGCCGCUGUGGGCAGCCCAAGGUGGGUCAUAUCUGCACAAUGCCCGAUCAGCGCAACAACUGGACGCAGGUGGACCUCGAGGUCACGAAAGGUCUUAAAAUCAUGCGCAGUAGCUGCCACAUUAUGCCGGUGAAGAGCAAGUGGAAGGUCCAGUGCAACGACCAUGAACCGGUGCAACUUGUUCCUAAGGGUGACGUUAAGCACGAAUUCGAUACGGCAGUAAAUCAGCUGUGGGCUUAG